UUCAUUAUUUUAAAAUUGAAAGCGUGGGGUUACUGGGUUACUGGGCUGGAGGGCCUGAGUGAGGGUAGACUCGGUCGAGUCGACCCGGAAUUAAAUCUGUGUUUAACUUGGGUGUAUUUAUUACGGGCAACAUGGAAGCCCAGGUUGGGAGAAACUUAACCAGGGAUUAGAACCAGGGUUAAAAAAACAAGUGGUUAAGAAGGGACAACCACAAACCCAGAUUUUUAUUCAUCAACAGUCAUCACUGCUCAUCAUCGAUCAUCAUCACCACCACCAUCUUCAACAAAACAACCAUCAUCUCUCCUUCCUCAAUUAGCUAUACUCGAUUUUCCACCUCCAUCCUAGCUAGCCCUUCAACACCUCUACCCAUCUCCUGUCCCCUCCUAACCAUGGAUGCGGACAUCCUUCUCCUAUCUGCGGUUUUAUGGGGUUAAUUAAGACUUUGGGGCUCAAGAAAUGGAUUUAACCGCCACUACCAACGCCACCGCCGCCGCCGCAACUGCCAACCCUGUCGCCACCAAAACCCCAGAAGCCGACAGUGAGGCGCCGACGCGGAUCCAACCUACUAAGCCUCUCUCCUCCACCAACGGCGUACUCAAGCGCCACCUCCCCCACCACCACCUCCACCACCACCACCACCAUUCCCUGAACAACCCGCCGUCUGCGGUUAUCUACAGGGACUGUCUGAAGAACCACGCAGCGAGCUUGGGCGGGUACGCCGUGGACGGAUGCGGGGAGUUCAUGCCGUCGCCGUCGGCCAACCCUACCGACCCCAGCUCGCUGAAAUGCGCCGCCUGCGGCUGCCACCGGAACUUCCACCGCCGCGAGGCUGAGGAUUCCCUCGCCACUCAUGUCCUCGAGUACCAACCCCACCAUCGCCACCACCCGCCGCCGCCGCCUCCUCCUCGGGUUCGGAGCCCCGACUCGCCGUCCCCGCCUCCGAUCGCGUCCUCCUUCUACCCAUCUGCGCCGCACAUGCUCCUCGCUCUCUCCGCCGGCUUGACGGGUCACCCGGAAAAUUCUCCUCCUAUCAACGCAACCCCCAUGGCGGCGGCAACUCCCGGGUCGAACCCGAAUGGGAGAAAGCGGUUCCGCACCAAGUUCAGCCCUGGGCAGAAGGAGAAAAUGUACCAUUUCGCGGAGCAAGUGGGGUGGAAGAUGCAGAAGAGGGAUGACGAAUUGGUGGCGCAGUUCUGCAGCGAAGUGGGAAUCGACAGAGGCGUGCUGAAGGUGUGGAUGCACAACAAUAAAAACACUUUUGGGAAGCGUGAUCAAGUGAAUGGUGCUGGAAAUGGACAUGGAAAUGGAAAUGGAAAUGGCGUUGAAGACAGUACCACCCACCAGAACAACGAGAACGAAGAACAGGAAAACCCAAAUCACCAUCAUCACCCCCAACAACACCUCCACCUGAAUGAUCAUGGGAAUGCAGUAGCUGUGGCGACUAAUGGUUCUUCUUCAUCAUCUUGAUUCUCUGGUGAAUUAAUAAUAAUAAUAAUAAUAAUAAUAAUAAUAAUGAUAAUAAUAAUAAAAGGUAGAUUAAGGCGGGUCUUAAUUAGCUAGUUAUUUUAAUUUGAUUUUCUUUUUGUUUAGUUCAUCAUCAAUGAUAUGGUCAGUCGGUCGGUCCAGGAUAGCAUGGGAGAGAUUGGAUGAAAAAAGGGAAAUUUAUUUUCAAGAAUUUUCUAUAGUUUAAGUAAUUUGGUGCAGUACAAGCGUUUCUCUGUC